AUGAACACCAUGAACAGUAUAGUCCAGCUUGAGACUUAUGCCAAUGAGCUUUCCUGUGCAGCCCGGAGCCUCGUAGCUCAUUGCCAGAAUGCAAAUAUAUCCUCUACUGGGCCACAGCUACGCAUCCCCGAGGAUGCACCCCGCUCAAUCCAUCAAGACCGACAAAAGAUUCUUGGAUCGCUGGCCAAACUACAAGUUCUGCUGAGGGGACCGGAUGAUUUCCUGCAGCAGAUGGCCCUGCAGAUCCAGAUGCUUGCGAGCGUUCAAUGGCUGAGCAGCCUGCAAGUACUUGUUUGCUUACCCCUCGCUGGCAGUCUUGCCCUCAAAGAUUUAGCCCAAUUAGCAGGUGUCCCGGAGACACAGCUAUCUCGUGUUAUCCGGCUGACAGCAUCGGGUGGCUUCCUACAGGAGCCACAACCCGGACAGAUUAGGCAUACUCCUCUGUCGACCGUGUUCGUCUCGCAGAGGCGUUUUCGGGAUGCAACCAUGUUUCUCGCAGAAUGCUGCACGCCAAGUGCAUUACGUAUGGCGUCCACGAUGCACCCUCAUGUAGGCUCCUCGGCAGAAGUGCCAUGUGCGAGCGCAUACAGUCUAGCCUUUUCGACCUCGGUCCCCUUCCUCAAGGCUUGCAGCUCAACUCCUAAGCUGCAGCGCCAGUGGUCCGCCUUCCUGCAGUACACUGGUGAUUUUGAAGAAAAGGUGACUGAGGUUCUCAGUCGCCUGGACUGGGCCCAUCUAGGCGACUGCUGUAUCGUCGAGUCCGGAGCCCAAUCAGCCGAAACUGCUAAGGUGCUAUCAGAACUCUAUCCCGGCCUCCAGAUAAUCGUCCAAACAGAGACAAGAAGUUCUGACUCGGCCCACCCCCCAGCGUCGCUUGAGGCCUACAACCCCCGCAUCACCUUGCAGACACGAGCUCUGGGCAUGCCACAGCCCGUUCUAGAUGCAGCAGCCUACAUUCUUCGCCUCCCUCCAUCUUCGUGGGAGUCCGGCCGUUCCCUAGUCCUCAUGGAGCUGCAGAGUUAUUGUACCAUCCUCGCCGCCAACCGCCGCGCCAUGCUGAUCCUCACGGCCCGCAUGCUCCCCCAGCCGGGUACGGUCGAUCGCGAGAUCGAGACCAUUGCUCGGAUGCGCGACAUGAUAUUGUUUCAGCUGGGAGCCGAACGCGACCCAGAGGUGUCCGAGGUAGUGGAUUUAGUGGGCUCGGUCGGCGAUGCUCAGGGACGACUCGUGAUUGUGGAUCGAUUACGAGCACGCAAUAAUUUAGCUGUGGCACUAGCCGUGAAGUAUCAAGGGUGGUCUGAGCUCGAUGGCGUUUUGGCUGCGUAG